UGAAACUCUGCAAUUUCACACAUGUAAACUUGAAACGCUUUGAAUAUUCACAGAUAUUAGAUUGAACCACAUAGAGAUCCUCUGACGCACAAUUAGUACAGUAUUCAUAAUGACGCUGAAAAGAGUCAACUUCAUCACUGGAAACAAGAACAAACUCGCCCAAGUGCGGGCUAUCCUCGGCAACGUCAUUGAGGUGGACAAUCAGGCGGUCGAUAUCCCUGAGAUCCAGGGAACAAUUGAGGAGAUUGCCAAAGAAAAGGCUAGGCGUGCAGCUGAGCUAAUCAAUGGACCUGUCCUAACCGAAGACAGUGCGCUGGAAUUUCGCGCGCUUAAGGGUCUUCCUGGACCCUAUAUCAAAUCAUUUCUCGAUGCUUUGGGUCUUGAAGGCUUGAACAAGAUGCUCGAUGGCUUCAACGACAGGACAGCUGAAGCUGUGUGCACAUUUGCGUUCUGCAACGGACCCGGAGCAGAGCCCAUCCUAUUCCAAGGAAGAACAGAGGGUGCCAUUGUGCGGCCACGAGGCCCAACAAACUUCGGCUGGGACCCUAUCUUUGAGUAUGAUGGGAAAGUGACCUAUGCUGAGAUGGAGAUAGAGCAGAAGAACCGGAUCUCCCACGGGUACAAGGCGCUGGUGAAGUUUCAGCAGUGGCUGGCCGAAAGCCAACAGUAAUGAAGCUGCCAAAAAGAUUCUUCCUUCCUGCUCCUCUGGCUAGACGAUAUACCAAUCUACCGACCAUAAUAUCGACACGACACUGACCGUAACAUAACAACAAUCUUUGAUUGUCGAAGCCAUUACGGCAAUUCUUUAAAGUAUACCAGGAUAUACUAUGAAAAAUUAUUUUUAAGAAGCACGGUCGAUUAAUGCGAGUGAUAUAUCAU